UUCACCAUCCAUGGCGGCCACCGGAUUUCCUUCCAUAAUUCUCUCCUUCCUCCUCCUCCUCUCCUCCGCCUCCGGCCGCCUUCCGCCGCCGUCUCAAGACCCCUCCUCCCUCGAUCCGUCGCUGCAACAAACUCCAAAAAUAAUCCAUGAAGCCUGCAAGGCGGCACGUGACCCUCCCGCAUGCGAAUCCUGGCUGUCCAGUCAAGGUCACGUGACCCCGACCGCCACCGUUCUGGAGGUGAUCCGGUCGGCCUUGGGAAUCGCGUCCCGGAAUCUCGACAAAGGCCGGUCGAUGAUCCACGACAUCCUCCGGUCCGCCGGCGGCAACGCCAACAAGACCAGGGCCGCCAACAACUGCCUGGAAGUGGUCUCCUACGCCGACCACCGCCUCAAUCUCACCGCCGGCGAGGCCAUUCCGGCCAAAGCCCUCAAAGACGGCCGGGCCUGGCUCUCCGCCGCCCUGUCGUACCAGUACGACUGCUGGAGCGCCCUCAAGUACGUCAACGACACCGCCCAGGUCGUCCAAACCAUGGAAUUCUUCAAUUCCACCAUGAUCGCCGGCAGCAGCCGCGCCCUCGCUAUGCUGAUGAAUUACGACAUUUACGGCGACAAGACUGCCUCUUGGGCCCCGCCGAAGACCGAGCGGGUCGGGUUCUGGGAGCCGGCCGGCGGCGGCUCCGCCGCCCCGCCCGGCGGCGUGCCGCCGGGACUCGAGGAGGACGUCACCGUCUGUAAAAACAGCGCCGCCGCCGCCUGCGAGUACAAUUCGAUUCAGGAGGCGGUGAACGCCGCCCCGAAUUUCGCUAAGAGGUUCGUGAUUCGGAUCCGCGCCGGGGUCUACGACGAGACUGUCCGAAUCCCGCUGGAGAAGACGAACGUGGUGUUCUUGGGCGACGGCAGGGGCAAAACGGUCAUUACAGGGUCCAGAAACGUCGGCCAGAAAGGGAUCACCACUUUCGACACGGCCACCGUCGGAGUCGUCGGCGACGGAUUCAUGGCGACCGGAAUAACAUUCAAGAACACGGCAGGCCCCGUCGCCCACCAAGCCGUCGCCUUCCGGUCCGACAGCGAUCGCUCCAUCAUCGAAAACUGCGAAUUCCUCGGCAAUCAGGACACCCUCUACGCGCACAGCCUCCGGCAGCUCUACAAAUCCUGUCUCAUCCAGGGCAAUGUCGAUUUCAUAUUCGGCAAUGCCGCCGCCGUCUUCGAGAACUGCCUGAUCCUCAUCGCCCCCCGGCAGGAGAGUCCCGAGAAGGGGGAGACCAACGCAGUGACAGCUCACGGAAGGGUCGACCCCGGCCAGUCGACGGGCUUUGUGUUCCGUAAUUCAAUCAUCAACGGGACGGAGGAAUACAACGAACUGUAUCGGAAAAAUCCCCGCGUGCACCGGAACUUCCUCGGUAGGCCGUGGAAGGAGUAUUCGAGGACGGUUUUCAUCGCGUGCACUCUAGAAGCUCUGAUCUCGGCGGAUGGAUGGUUGCCGUGGAGCGGCGAUUUUGCGCUCAAGACUUUGUAUUACAGCGAGUUUAACAAUACCGGGCCUGGUUCGAACACGGAGAAACGGGUGCCGUGGAGCAGUCGGAUUCCGGCGGAGCACGCCGGAUAUUACUCCGUCGAGAAUUUCAUCCAGGGCGACCAGUGGAUUGGGAAAUGA